GGCAGAACAGCGGCAGGAAGAUGUUCACCGAACAGGGAGGAGGAAGAAGAUGCAUCGAAGCUCCCAUCCAUCCAUGGCCAUAGCCAUAGCCAUAGCCAUAAACAAUUCAUACAAUACAUACAUACAUACAUUAGCCAUUAUUUGUUUAUAUACAUACAUAUAUAGAUAUUCCCCGUUACCGCCUGCCAUUAGAAACUUCGAUCGUUGCCUCUUUUGAGCAUUUGCCCAUGCGAUGUUCUGAUUCAAGAACCAAAACCCGAUUCCAACCCCUCCCCCUCUUCGCUGUCCCUUUCUCGCUUUCCCCAUCCCUUAUCCGCUUCAGAUUCCUCCUCCCUUUCCUUCUAUAUACGUAGAAGGGUCUGAAGGGUCGGGAGCUUUCACCUCGGAAGUCUUAUAUGGCGGCUGCUUUUGGCCGCGCCGGGUUAUUCGUCGCGGUCGCGGUGCUGCCCCUGCUCUGCCGCGGGUUCCCGGCGACCCUGAACCUGGAGAGAGCGUUCCCGGUGGACCACCGGGCCGAGCUGAGCCGGCUCGUAAAUCGGGACCUGGUCAGGCACGGGCGGCUUCUGCAGUCCUCCGGCGGCGUCAUUGAUUUCCACGUCCAAGGGACAUUCGAUCCCUUUGUUGUCGGUCUCUACUAUGCUAAGGUUCAGUUGGGUUCUCCUCCAAGGGACUUCUAUGUACAGAUAGAUACGGGAAGUGAUGUUCUGUGGGUGAGCUGCCGCCCGUGUAAUGGAUGCCCUGAAUCUAGUGGACUCCAUAUUCCUCUCAACUUCUUUGAUCCCGGGAGCUCGUCAACAGCAUCUCCAGUCUCUUGCUCCGACCAGAGGUGCAGUUUAGGCAUCCAAUCAUCAGACUCAGGCUGCUCGACUCAAAACAAUAUGUGCAGUUACACUUUCCAGUAUGGAGAUGGCAGUGGCACUUCUGGAUAUUAUGUAUCAGACUUGCUGAACUUUGAUACGAUAGUGGGGAAUUCUCUGACUGCUAAUUCUACGGCUCGUAUUGUCUUCGGGUGUAGCACAACACAAACUGGGGACUUGACCAAAUCAGAUCGGGCAGUGGAUGGGAUUUUUGGAUUUGGACAACAGGGUCUGUCGGUUAUCUCGCAACUUGCUUCUGAGGGAAUAGCUCCGAAGGCUUUCUCGCACUGCUUAAGAGGAGAUGGUGAUGGUGGUGGGAUACUGGUUCUUGGUGAAAUCGUGGAGCCAAGCAUAGUCUACACUCCCCUUGUCCCAUCCCAGCCUCAUUACAAUCUGAAUCUGCAAAGUAUUUCUGUUAAUGGUCAGACACUGCCAAUUGAUCCCUCUGUCUUUGCGACAUCGAAUGGCCAAGGAACCAUAGUUGAUUCUGGGACGACUUUGGCCUACGUCACUGAUGAAGUUUACAAUCCCCUGGUUAACGCUGUUACUGCUAUUGUGUCUCAAGCUGCACGUGUUGUUCUCUCAAAGGGGAACCAGUGCUAUAUAAUCUCAUUGAGUGUCAAUGAAGUGUUUCCGCAACUUAGCCUGAAUUUCGAGGGUGGGGCCUCCUUGUUAUUGGGCCCUCAAGACUACCUACUGCAGCAGAGUUCAAUAGACGGUUCAGCGGUGUGGUGCAUGGGAUUCCAGAAAAUUCAGGGCCAGGGAAUAACAAUAUUAGGAGACCUCGUUUUGAAGAACAAAAUUUUUGUCUAUGAUCUCGCCGGUCAAAGGAUUGGGUGGGCUAAUUACGAUUGUUCAAUGUCAGUCAAUGUCUCAACAGCCAUCAAUACAGGGAGAAAUGAGUACGUCAACACUGGCGAUCUGAGUCGCGGCAUCUCAAUUAGGGUCGCUUCAUCACGGGAACUGAUAAUCUGUUGUAUAAUAGCCUCCGUUCUUUGUGUUCUAAUCACUGGGAUCUUCCAGCACCUAUAGCAUUCGCUUAACAGGGACCAGGGUAUGCGAGUCGCUGUUUUUGGUCUCUUCAUUCCCUGGUUUAGUAUUAUUUCGAUCCAGGAGGUUCGAUGUUUUGAUUUAACCUGCAGCUAGUGGCUGCAUGAUGUGGUAUAGGCUUGAGGAUCAUGAUGUUACGGAUUCUUUUUUGUGUUCCUCAUGUAAUAUUUAUUAUUCAUUUAGGAAACUUGCAGCACUGUAAAUUAAACCCAUUAGAGGUUUUACUCAUUAACACCAUAUAUGCUUCUAUAGUUUCUUCUCCGGGCACGUGAGCUAUGCUUCGUACUCUGUUAUAGAAACUUGUAAUGGUAAAGAAUUGAUUCUUCUUUGUCGA